CACUUUCGUUAUUGCAUUUCGUGAAACCAAAUAGAAAUGUAUUAACGCUCGGACAAGUGUCUAUUAAAUAUCAUUUAGCACACAUUUUAUUUAAAAAAUGUUAAAUUGAAUGAAACGCAACACAGCCAAUAAGGCAAUGAUAACUGCUUACAGGCAUUAUACGCUUAAUUUGGAAUUAAAGAAGUCGGCGCAUUGACAUUAACUAGUCAUUUAAUAUACUGCGGACUCGUCAAAAACAUCAUUUUAUUUAAAGACUACAAUUCACCAAUAGUUAUCACUUCUAUUUAUGUACGUUAGAGCGUCUAGCGUUAUCAACGGUACUCGUGCAAGAUAAUUUCAAACACGCCAAGGAGGCUUGCUCACACAAUAAAAAUUAGUAACAAUUAACCGUUGGAAUUGUUCACAUUGGAGCGGCAUAACGCAGACGAGCAGCGAUGGCACCGAAAAUUGACAAGGAGCUGCUGCCGAUGAAGGGGCAUUAUUUCUUUUUCAAUGCAGGAACGGCGCCGGUAAUGCCUUUUAUGCCCACAUUGGCGCGUCAAUUAGGCUUCUCUACAGUGGUCAUUGGUACUAUGUAUACAAUUUUGCCCAUUGUUGGCAUGCUUGCCAAGCCGCUUUUUGGAUUCAUUGCUGAUCGCUACCAACGCCAUCGCACACUUUUCCUCAUCGGCGAAGUUCUCACCGCUAUAGCCUUUUUCCUCAUACAAUUCACACCAACCAUUCCACAAGCACUGCCCACGAUGGAAUUUAAUUGUCACGGCGGCGCAUCCACGCUAAAAUACUAUUCCGAAUUUGAUAAGUGCAUAGAAAACAAUCUAGAGAGUUACUAUGGUGAUCGGGUGCUAACGUGUCAGCUAUAUUGCCAAGCAGAUCCAGAAAAAAUGGAUUUCGUUUGUGAUAAUUGGUUGCACAACAAUAGUACAACCAAUAACAACAAAAACGUUACAUGUCCCGAUCGCAACAGUGCCCAACUAAAUUUCACCACUUUUCUGGACAUGGGUAAAAUGGAGAUGCCAGGUGAUCAUUUAUUCUUUGUCAUACCACACGAUAGAGGUCAAAUGAAUGGUGAAAAUAUAACACUAAAUUGUCCAUAUGAUAAACCGUUAUUCAAUACAAGCUGUAACAUAGAAUGCAAUGAUGAUUAUUUCCAAAGUGAAUUGACACAAAACACAGCGAUCAGUAAUGCUGAUGUGUGGGGUAUGCAUCAGUUUUGGUAUUUCUUCAUUAUGCUCAUCGUAAGUUGGAUCGGUAUGGCGGUGGUGGUGAGCAUUGGUGAUGCGAUAUGCUUUUCAAUACUGGGCGAUCGUCAUCAUUUGUAUGGCAAGCAAAGGUUAUAUGGUUCCAUUGGUUUUGGUGUGUUCUCCAUUAUUGCCGGUGUGCUGGUGGAUCAAAUGUCGCACGGUAGCGUAAAUAAAGACUAUACAGUCGUGUUUUGGAUGACAUUGGUUAUAAUAGGUUUCGAUUUGGUCGCGUCUACCAAGUUAAAGCAUACGCAAACACACCUCUCCCCCAACAUACUCAAAGAUGUUGGCAAAAUGUUUCUCUCCAUUCGUUGUGUGAUCUUCUUUAUUUGGUGUAUCUCGAUUGGCCUUUGCACGGCGCUCGUUUGGAAUUUUCUCUUCAUGCAUUUGGAUGAGUUGGGUGAAAAACUGGAGGGUUGUCAGAAUUCCAUGAAGACACUGGAAGGCAUAGCCAUGGGUAUACAAAGUUUUGGCGGGGAAUUGCCCUUUUUCUUCCUCUCCGGCUGGAUAUUGCGUAAGAUUGGUCAUAUAAAUUCUAUGAGUUUAGUGCUUUUUGCUUUCGGUGUGCGUUUCAUACUCUAUUCGCUGUUGGUGAAUCCAUGGUGGGUAUUACCCAUUGAAAUGCUAAACGGUGUCACAUUCGGUAUUUUCUACGCCACCAUGGCUUCGUAUGCGAGUAUUGUGGCACCUCGCGGCACUGAGGCGACUAUGCAGGGCUUAGUCGGUGCCAUUUUUGAAGGUGUGGGUGUAUCUAUGGGCAGCCUUAUCGCGGGUAAUUUAUUUGCCGCUGUCAGCGGCAGUGGCACUUUCCUAAUUUUCGGCAUUUUCGCCUUUAUUGCAUUUAUCGUGCAUGUGUUGGUGCAGUGGCAUUUGCAGCGCACUGGGCAAGGCGAUGCCGAUGCUAAUGGCGCUGUUAAAUAUUUGACGCCCAAUGAUGCAAUGCAUAUGCUCAACGAUCCAGAAUACAGUAUUGUCCCAUAAAUAAGUGAUUCGUUUACAUUAGAGAUGCUAAACAACUGUUUAACAGUUUUUUUUGGCGUUAACAGUCUUGCAGUGUACCGGUAUUUUAUAUGGCUGAGGAACGUGUUGUAGCUACCUGCACUUGCUUUGAAGUUUUAAUUUUACCCUGAGCUGUGAACAUUUUCAACUUGUUGCGUACUUAUUAGGCGUAGCAAUUACACGCAGCUAACGCGAAAGCCGUGUACCAACUCAGUUAAUAGAACAACAUAGUAUUUAUAUGUUAUAAAAUAGUUAAAAUUUGUAAGUUAGCUGUUAUUUUUGUGGCAUGCUUGGUGCUUUUUCACUAUUUUUUCGUUUUUGUUUCAAGCAAAGCAUUUUUGUGUUUUAAAUAUCAAUACAAGAGGCAUUAUUUUGUUCUAUACUUAGUGUUUACAAACUAUGUUAGUAUAAAAAGUUUUAAAAUAUUGGUUAUGUUGUAUUAAUUAAGCAAUUAGUAAUUAAAAUAAUCUUACAAAUGUCAAAACUGCUUUAAGUGCACAAAGCUUUAGGUUAGUGCUAACUAGUAUUCUUCAUGCUUGCUUAGUUAAUUACUGUGUUAAUGUGUUUUUCUGAAUGUACUCUUAAUUGAAAUAGUUUUUCUGUUUACAAAAUACUUACGAUAUGUGCACUUGGCUUGUAAUCGCUAAAUACAUAUCUACAUCUGUAAUA